AUGGUAACGAGCUUACCGUCUCUGAAUGUAACUUCAAUCCCAUCUCCGUCGUCACCGGUACCUUCUCUCCGACGACCUCACAUUGUUUCCCGCCAAAACACUCCUCCUGCCUUUUCUUUUAAAGCUGACUCUCAGCGCCUUAGCUCCUCUCCUUCUUUACAUUCAUCUCUGUUCUCACCGUUUCGUUACCGAAGCGAGAGAUUUCUCAGACAAGAUUCGAUCCGAUCAGUUACAGUAAGAUCGCAGUUAAGCACGCCUCUCAUUUCUCCCAUCGAUGAAUGGGGAAUGUGGACUGCUCUCUUCGCCACUGGAGCUUUCGGUAUUUGCCUAUUUGUUGGUUUUGAGUUUGACAGGUCGGAAAAGACAAAAAUAGGAAGUGCGAUGAGCGGUGCACUAGUGAGCACUCUAAUAGGACUAGCAGCUAGAAAUUUAGGGAUCAUUUCUUCAGAAGCUCCUGCUUUCUCUGUAAUGAUGAACUUCUUGCUCCCGUUAGCUGUUCCUCUGCUUUUGUUUAGAGCAGAUCUGCGCCGUGUGAUUCAAUCUACUGGAAAACUUCUCUUUGCUUUUCUCAUCGGAUCAUUUGCUACAACGGUUGGGACUGUUUUGGCUUACUUAAUCGUACCGAUGAAGUCGCUUGGUUCUGAUAGUUGGAAAAUAGCAGCUGCUCUUAUGGGAAGACAUAUUGGUGGAGCUGGAAACUACAUUGCAAUAGCGAAAGCUCUAGAUGUAUCUCCUUCAGUGAUAGCUGCUGGACUUGCUGCUGAUAGUGUUAUAUGCGCGUUAUAUUUCAUGUCAUUUUUUGCUUUAGCCUCUAAAAUACCUGCUGAAUUUGCACCACCAGAAAGUACUAGUGAUGAUGGUGUGAUUGUUAACAAAAACAGAGACAAAAUUACUGUGAUACAAAUGGCUACAGGAAUAGUUGUUUCCUUAGCUAUAUGCAAAGUUGCAACUGUUUUCACAACGUGGUUUGGGAUUUCGGGCGGUAGCUUACCAGCGAUAACUGCUAUAGUUGUUGUUUUAGCAACUAUAUUUCCGUCUCAAUUCGACCAUCUCGCACCAUCUGGAGAAGCAAUGGCUCUAGUUCUGAUGCAGGUGUUCUUUGCAGUGUUGGGAGCAAGUGGAAACAUAAGGAGUGUAUUAAGCACAGCUCCAAGCAUAUUUAUGUUUGCUUUGUUACAAAUAGUGAUACAUCUUGGGGUGCUACUAGGAAUAGGGAAGGUGAUGAAGAUAGAGCUACGGCUUUUGCUUCUUGCAUCAAACGCAAAUAUUGGUGGACCAACAACUGCUGCGGGAAUGGCUACGGAAAAGGGAUGGAGCUCUUUGAUAGUUCCCGGGAUUCUUGUCGGAAUAUUUGGGAUCGCCAUUGCAACUUUCCUAGGGAUUGUAUUUGGGGUUAAAGUCCUCAAGUUAAUGUGAUGUUUUAACUUUCAA